CCCGCGCUGCCGCCCGCCCGCCAUGGAGCCGUCCGCGGGGAGGCGGCGGGACUGAGCCCCGCACGCAGCGAGCCGCCGGCCGGCCCCGCGCCGCCCAUGGAGCUGGACGGAGCGCCGCUCGCCCGCCCGAAGACCAUGCUGCCGCUGCUGAGGAAAGUUCGCAAGCGGCGGGAGAUGCUGCUGCAGCAGCUGGGCUUCAUCUGCGCCAUCCUCUUCUUCGUCUGGUGCAUGUCCAGCCUGCUCUCCAGGCGGGGCCAAGAAUCAAGUAUUGCAGACACACGUGUUUCACCAGGGGCGUGGAGGAAUAGAAUAUUGAUGGCAUUACCUAAUGGGACACAGGAAGGAAAGAACUGUACAGAGCCAGCCAUUCAUGAAUUUCCUGAGGAUAUAUUCACAAAUAAAGAACGGCAGCAAGGAGGGGUUCUCCUUCACAUCAUUGCUGCUCUGUAUAUGUUCUAUGCUUUGGCUAUAGUAUGUGAUGACUUCUUUGUUCCAUCCUUAGAGAAAAUUUGUGAGAGACUACAUUUGAGUGAAGAUGUUGCUGGAGCCACAUUCAUGGCUGCAGGGAGCUCCACGCCAGAGCUGUUUGCAUCUGUUAUAGGUGUAUUUAUCACUCAUGGAGAUGUUGGAGUAGGGACCAUUGUUGGUUCAGCAGUUUUCAACAUCCUCUGCAUUGUCGGUGUAUGUGGAUUAUUUGCAGGACAGGUGGUUUGUCUUACCCAGUGGGCUGUGUUCCGAGACUCUGUGUACUACACCUUAUCUGUUGUCAUACUUAUUGUUUUCAUAUAUGAUGAGAAAAUAGAAUGGUGGGAAAGCCUUAUACUCAUUAUUAUGUAUUCAUUCUACAUACUUAUCAUGAAGUACAAUGUGAGGAUGCAAAAUUUCUUCACUCUCAAAAGCAAGAAUGUUGGAAACGGUGAUACAGUCGACAAUGAGAUGGAAGAUGGUAAUAAAUGUUAUGCCUCUAGUUGUGAUGAUCCAUCCAUUCCAUUACUGUGGAAAGUGAAGGGUGUGCAGCAGUAUGGCAAAAACAGUGUUGUGAUGGUGGAUGAGAUCAUCUGCUCCAGUCCCCCCAAAUACCGGUUCCCUGAAGCUGGGUUACGGAUUAUGAUCACAAAUAAGUUUGGACCACGCACCAGAAUGCGGAUGGCAAGCCGGAUUAUAAUUAAUGAGCGCCAGCGAUUAAUCCAAUCUGCAAAUGGCUCAAGCAAACCACUUCAGAAUGGGAGACAUCAGAAUAUUGAAAAUGGGAACAUUCCUGUGGUGAACCAAGAGGAGGAAAAUGAACAGGAUAAUCUGUCUCUGUUUUCAUUGCCAGAAGGAAAAAUGAAUAAAAUUAAAUGGAUCUUGACAUGGCCAUUGAUAUUCGUGCUCUUUUGCACCAUUCCAAACUGCAGCAAACCCCGCUGGGAGAGGUGGUUUAUGUUCACAUUCAUCUUAUCCACUCUCUGGAUUGCCUUGUUCUCCUACUUUAUGGUGUGGAUGGUGACUGUGAUUGGAUAUACCCUUGGGAUACCAGAUGUGAUCAUGGGCAUUACUUUCCUAGCUGCAGGAACAAGCGUCCCAGACUGCAUGGCCAGCUUAAUAGUUGCGAGACAAGGCCUUGGUGACAUGGCAGUAUCCAACACAAUAGGAAGUAAUGUGUUUGACAUUCUGGUGGGCCUUGGUGUUCCGUGGGGUUUGCAGACCAUGGCAAUUGAUUAUGGAUCAACUGUUAAGAUAAACAGUAAAGGACUGGUCUAUUCAGUUGCACUUUUACUAGGAUCAGUGGCACUGACUGUGUUUGGGAUCCAUGUAAAUAAAUGGAAACUUGACAAGAAAUUAGGCAUCUACGUGUUGUUUCUUUAUGCUGUUUUCCUGUGUUUCUCUAUAUUGAUAGAGUUUAACGUCUUCACCUUUGUCAACCUCCCUAUGUGCCGAGAAGGACUUUAAACUGUUAAGGAGAGAGACUGCGCUUCCUCUGAUUACCUGUGCUAUGAGUGACAGGAGACAUUUCACAUUUCUACCUUCCUUCCAUCAGUAAUUUGAGUGUCAUUCCUACUUCAUGAGCUACCAAGCACUUUUACCUGUGUGGAAGGAAAGCAUACCUUUCUUGUGACAUGCUAGCUCAAGGCAACCAAAGCAUUUAACUCCUCUUUGGAUUUUGCUGCUCAGUCAUGAAGCUGUGUGGACCUUACGCAGUACUCUCAAACGUCCCCAUUUAUGGGACUUUCUGUUGUUUUCAUUCUCCUUUUGCAGACAAUCAAACACUACCAACAAGGUUAACAAGAAGACUGGAGAAAAAUCUUUAUAGUUCUUUUGCUUUUGACACUUACUUUCCAUGGAAGGAAAGGAGGUGAGCUUAGAACUUUUCUCGGCUUUGUCAAAUGAUCUCAACUACGGGACCAGAAAGUCCAAGUACAUAUGAGGCAUGCACUGUUGAGGACAUCAUUUCCCCCUUCAAGUGCUCUGCUUAUAGAGAAACUGCAACGACAGUUUUUGAUGGCAGUGUUGAAUAUUUAUCAUUCUUUUCAAAGAAGAUGAACAGUGUGGCAGAGAAAGAAGAGGAAAUGGUUGUAUGUUGUAUCACUUCUGAUGAUGCACACUAUAAGUUUGACUAUCUGCAUAGUGAAGAAGAGAAUUACAUGCAGAACUUCAUACUUGAAAAAUCUGUUUUAUCAUUAAUGAGUAAUGCUGUAUGUGUAAAUAUAAACAAAAAUUGGUGGAAUAUUACACCAUGACAAAUAUUUUGCAUUGGCCCUUGUAAGUUCAUUUGUAAGUUUAGAAGAAACUAAGCAAAUAAAAUCAACUGGGUGCUGAGUAACUAUCAAUUAUUGCUGUCAGUUGAGAAUAGAAUCCAGACAUAACCCAGAUUGUCUGACAACAAAGCCCACCUUGGCUGUGAUUUAAUUUAAUUUGAUUAUUGAGGGAAGUAAGCUUACUUCAUCAGUCAAGAAGCUGAUAUAUUCUCCAUUCUUUAUAUAUUUCUAGAAGCUUAAUAAAGAUGGGUGUCUGACACUCAGUAGUGCAGAGAAGAUAUAGAUAGAUAAAAGAGUCUAUCAGGAGACCAUGGUCCUUGAUUUGAUCGUAUACAAAUUUGAAAUACAGUGUACUUCUUUUCAAGCCCCGGUAGAAGCCAGAUUUUGGUAUCCUGUCCACCAGCAUAAACCUGAUAUAAGGAAUAACUAAGGUAAAUGACAGCGGGAUCUGGCCCAGACUAUUAAAAACAAUGGGUAACAUUCCACGUUUUAGUAGUCAUAAGACUGCAAAUCACCAAGACAGUGUGCAUAUUUUGCAUUGCUACUAAACUUUAAAGCUGUAUAUGAGUGAAAGAUCUUCUAAAGAAGCACAGUUAACUUUAUACAUAGAUUUUUUUAAUU